CCUCCUCUUCCUCCCCCUCCCAUCUCUCUUUUCUGUUGACGUUUGGCUUUUGUGCCUGUUUUACUAAGUGCGCGUAAUCUUCCCAUCAAAAGCAUCUCUUCUUCACUGGACUCUAUUUUUUAGUGACAGCGCGUGACACGGCAUCGCCUCUGAUGUAGUGCGUUCCGAAAAAAAACCGCGUGAAUCUCGCAGAAGCGCAAGAUAUUCGCCCAAGAUCUUCAAGGUUUUGUUUCCUUUGUCAUACUGUCUUCCUGUGCUCAUCUGCGGAGGUUAUUUCCGUCGGUCCGUCUGCUCUGCGUGCUGCCGUUUUUCUCGCCAGCUGGAUAAAAAUUCACCUUGACUCGUAUCUCAGAAGCCCGCCGCGGUUGUAAACAAAUCAUUUCCGCACGCAUGUUAUUAUGUUAGGCUAACGAUCUGAAAUAGCUCGCAGGCUGUUAUGGAUUAGCACCUGUCUGGAAUAUUCGACGGUAUUCGCCUAGGUAUAAAUGUUCUGCAGAGCUGCUUUAGUAUAUCAGGGUGUUUUAUCCGUCUCGCUCGGUAAAUUGAUGGUUUGUAUUGUGAUUAGGUAAUAGAGCGCGCAGGCCGGAUUGUAUAAUUCUCCAGUUGAGACUGUUUUGCAUAUCUGGCGAAAGGAACUUGAUGAUUGGUUGACCAAUUACGAGCUCCUGAGCUGCUGUUGUGUUGGAUUUUGAUUAAGGAGUCGGAAGUUUAUUUACUGGUGCAAGUUCAACCAACCAAGAAAGAGCAACAACAAUGUUUCGCUAUUUGAAUGAUGUGGAUGACAGCCCAUACAUGAUGGAUCCGUUCGCAGCACACAGACACCAGAUGAGGAGUCUCUUCGGGUCUUUUGGGAUGGACCCGUUUCCUCUCACCCCUCAGAUCCAGCAUCCACGUACACGUAUGCAGCCACAAGCUGGAGCCUUGGCCCCUUUCGGCAUGAUGGGAAUGGGUGGUGGUUUCAUGGACAUGUUCAGCAUGAUGAGUGGAAUGAUGGAGAACAUGGAACGAAUGUCUGGUUCUCCAAACUGCCAGACCUUCUCCUCCUCCACAGUCAUCUCGUACUCCUCCACGGACGCAGGAGCACCUAAAGUCUAUCAGCAGACCAGUGAAUAUCGCACUGCUCCCGGGGGUAUAAGAGAGACGCGUCAAACAAUGCGGGACAGUGAAAGUGGCCUGGAGCGAAUGGCUAUAGGGCAUCACAUUGGUGAUAGAGGUCACGUGAUGGAACGCUCAAGGAACCGUCUCACAGGAGACCGUGAAGAGAGACAGGACUUCUUCAACCUAGAAGAGAGUGAGGCAGCUGCCUUUGACGAAGAGUGGAGGAGAGAGGUGGGCCGGUACCGCCCCCCUAAUGCCCGUAGUUUAGACUAUGGGCGUGAGCGGAGUGCAGGGGUUGGACAGCAGCUGGCCCUGACAGCGCCUCCGAGCUCCUCCUCCUCUCCCUCGCCUCGCCACGAGUCACCACGCCACCAUCCUCCUCACUCUCGCCCGCGCUACGACUGGUGAGAGGUACGAAUCUCACACGGCCCGAAUGAAACUUGUCUCUUUGAAUUUGUGAAGUUAUCUAGCUGAUGCUGUGAAGAGAGAAGUGAGGGAUAGAGAAGAAAAUUAUAACUGAGGGGUCAAAUGUUUGAUAGAUCUGAACUGUCUCAAUAUGUGUAGUCAGCUCCUUACAGGGACGUGUGCUGGCAUGAGGUAUCAUAACACAGGCUGAAUUUUUUUAGACUGCAUCUCUGUUGUGUGGAAUUUGGCCUGGCCUGUGUACUUCAUACCACGUUACUACUCCCGAAGCAUACACACCAGCAUUCAUCAUAAUUCAGACAGCUCUUCAACCUUGUGAUAUAUACAUACACACAGACAUCUUUGUAUUUAAAUGAAUUCUCAUGCUUCCAAUAUUUCAAUAUCCAAAUAUUUAAUGAUACACUACACAUAUAUUCGCGUGCACACACACACACACACACUCACCGUAAAGUCCAUAUAUGUUUGUGUUGACACUAGGGUAUCUGUGGGUUUAACUGUACAAUGCUGACUAAUUAAACUUAUUAACUAAUAAAAAGACCUUGUUACAUCA